GGCUUGAGUUAAAAAGAAAAAUGUUUUUAAAACUCAUUUCUAUAGCAUAAAAACACAGUUUUCCAUAAAUUCCAUACAUUUAUUGGCAUUUAAGUGUCAACCACAAACCUCUAGGUAGGCCUCACUGUAACUGUGAUAAUUAAGCACCUUUGGAUCACGUGAUUACCCACUUUCCUCAUGAAAUCUCUCAUAUAAAAACAAGGUUUAGUCGUCUGAAACAAACACUAAAGAAUGGAGUUGUUGUGGAUGCGCAACAUGGUUUUGGUCUCUCUGAUAUUGGUGGAAAUCUCAUGGACUCGACCCAUUGAUGAGGAUCUGCAUCUGACUGCGGAUGAUAUCCAGCUCGCAAAGAGCUAUCUAAGGAGGUUCUACAGUCCAAGCUUCGGAGGCAAAGACCUCAGGAGUCCACCGCGUAGGAUCAGGUCCUCAUCACCAAGGGAGCAAAAGAUCAGACAAAUGCAGAACUUUUUUGGUCUGAGGGAAACAGGAAUCCUAGACUCUGAAACCCUGGAUGUGAUGAAAAAGCCACGGUGUGGUGUUCCUGAUCUGGACAACUACAGUUUUUAUCCUUAUAGGCCUAAAUGGAAAAACUAUACCAUCUCUUACACGAUUACGAAGUAUACUUCGGACAUGAGUAAACUGGAGGUGGAAAAGGCUUUUCGUUUAGCCCUAAAGAUGUGGAGUGAUGCAGCUCCUCUGAGCUUCAUUAAAGUCGACCAUGGAAAAGCUGAUAUUGUCCUCUCCUUUGCACGCAAAGCUCAUGGAGACUUUUCUCCUUUUGAUGGGCCUGGAGGUGUGCUGGCUCAUGCCUUUCAACCUGGAGAGGGGGUGGGUGGAGAUGUACACUUUGAUGAAGAUGAAACCUGGACAACAGGGAUGCAAGGUUACAACCUUUUUGCUGUUGCAGCUCAUGAAUUUGGUCACUCUCUGGGUUUGACUCACUCCAGAGACCCCUCGGCUGUCAUGUUCCCCAAUUACAGGCUUCACAGCAGCAAACAGUACGCACUUUCCAGGGAUGAUGUCCUGGGAAUCCAAAUGCUGUACGGAAAACCCAGGAAAGAUACUGAAACUCGACCUCCAGUUCCAAAGAAAUGUGAUCCCACAUUUUUUUUUGAUGCUGCUGCAGUGAUCGAAAAUGAGAUUGUUUUCUUUAAGAACAGAUUCAUGUGGAUGAGAACAACCAGGUCGACUUACUGGAAUCGCCUAAGAGAAGGUUACAUCAGUACAUAUUUACCAGGCAUUGGUUCUCCUGUCGAUGCAGCUUAUGACAUCCCAGCCAAAGGCGUGACAUACCUAUUCGCUGGUCGUAAGUACUGGGUAGUGCAACAAUUAAAGACAAGAAGUACAACUGGCAACAUCUCAGAGUUCGGUUUGCCACCCAGUGUUCGACAGGUUGAUGCUGCAGUUCAUAAUAAGGAAUAUGGGAAAACCAUAUUCUUCAUAGGACCCUUAUAUUACAGCUAUGAUGAGAACAGGAGUCAUAUGGACCCGGGUUUCCCCAGGCUCACCCAAACAGACUGGCCUGGAAUCCCAAGAAGGGUUGAUGCUGCAUUUAAGUUACAUGGCAGCAUCUUCCUCCUCAGCGGUACGAAAUCCUACCAGUAUGACUUCAGACAGAAGCGGGUGGUGAACAUAAUUACAGGAAAUUCUUGGCUGGGAUGCUGACUUACUGAAAACCCACACUUUAUGUAGCUAAAAAAAUAAACCUAACAAAACUUGUAUUUCUUAAACAGGGAUUAUACUGUUGCAUGGCUGAUCCGCAAUCUACUGUAACCUCUGUACAACGAAAAUACUGCUUUAAUCAUUCAUUGUGCAAACCCUAAGCCCAUGCUCUGUGAUUUGUUGUUUUUACGGGAUUUUUUUAAGGGGCUAUAUACUUCUGCAAUUUAUCAUGAAAGUUCCCAUUGAAAUGAACCUAAAUGUAAUAAUUAAAUACUUGAAAUGUGUGUAAAACCUGACAUUUAUUAACCAUGAACAUGGAGCUGAGUUACAUAAAAUCCGUUUUUGCUCAUAAAUAUUUUUCCGAUGUUGUUGUUGUAAUAAUUGUUAAAUUAUUCUGUUCUAAAAAAACAGGUGUUAUAGUGAAGUAAUUUCACUAUGGUAUGGCCUGAUUCCCAGAAAUAUUCCAUUGGAUGAUUAUCAUUCAGAAACAGAUUCUCAGCAAACAUCUUUUGCCUUUAAUCUCAUAUGUGCCACUUAAAGUAAUUAAAGGGAGGUAGAGUUGCCAAAGUUUAAACUAAGUAAGAGUAGCACUGCUUUAACGUAUUUCUAUUCAAGUAAAUGUAAAAAAGGAGCUGUCCAAAAAUGUGUCAA